AUGGAAGGAGAAUUCUGGAACCAGAGCGACCUCAACGGCACCCAGCUGUCCUGCGGCGGCCCCAACAGCAGCCAGGGGGCACGAGGGGGCAGCCUGUGUCCUAGCGCUGGGGUCACCCCUUCCAUGGUCACGGCCGUCAUCAUCAUGGCUCUCUACUCCAUAGUGUGCGUGGUGGGACUCUUUGGCAACUUCUUGGUCAUGUAUGUCAUCAUCAGAUACACCAAAAUGAAGACUGCAACCAACAUCUAUAUCUUCAAUCUUGCCCUGGCAGAUGCCUUAGCAACAAGUACACUGCCGUUCCAAAGUGUGAAUUAUCUCUUGGGAACAUGGCCAUUUGGUACAACCAUUUGUAAGAUUGUUAUCUCCAUAGACUACUACAAUAUGUUCACAAGCAUUUUCACUCUUUGCACCAUGAGUGUGGAUCGUUAUAUAGCAGUUUGUCACCCAGUCAAGGCUCUCGAUUUCCGCACCCCCAGAAAUGCCAAAAUUGUCAAUGUCUGCAACUGGAUUGUCUCUUCAGCCAUUGGUAUCCCAGUUAUGAUCAUGGCAACCACAAAAGAAAGUAAUGGAUCUAUUGAUUGCACGCUUGCAUUCUCUCACCCAACAUGGUACUGGGAUAACCUGCUGAAAAUCUGUGUUUUCAUUUUUGCCUUUGUCAUGCCAGUCCUCAUCAUCACAGUAUGCUAUGGACUCAUGAUUUUACGCCUGAAGAGUGUCCGAAUGCUUUCUGGGUCCAAGGAGAAAGACAGAAACCUCCGAAGGAUCACCAGAAUGGUCCUUGUGGUAGUAGCUGUUUUUAUAGUAUGCUGGACUCCCAUUCAUAUCUAUGUUAUCAUUAAUGCCUUGGUCCGUAUUCCGGAAACUACUUUCCAGACUGUAUCCUGGCACUUCUGCAUUGCUUUAGGGUACACAAAUAGCUGCCUUAAUCCCGUGCUUUAUGCGUUUCUAGAUGAAAACUUCAAAAGGUGUUUCAGAGAAUUCUGCAUCCCAACAACUUCAACAAUUGAGCAACAAAACUCCACCCGAAUUCGACAAAACACUCAUGAGCAUGCCUCCACUGCCAACACAGUGGAUAGGACUAACCAUCAGUUGGAACUUCUGGAAGCUGAAACCACACCACUGCCGUGA